AUGCUGUCCAGAUUAUUCGCAGGAAUGAGUCCCCGCCCAUCGGCCAGCAAGAUGGCUCGCAACAAGAGUGGUUCCAUCGGCGACAACAGAGCCGAUGCUGAGUCGAGCCCGCUCUCAGAUGGCUCGCGACCGGCGUCUCCUGACCUGUCUGCCAACCCUCUCGAAUCCCUCGAAACCGCUGAUGAUGCGCCCGGCCCCGAGCCAACGGACCUCCCCAGCCCGGAGGAGCCAGCAGCGGCUGAGCAACCGUCGAUCGACGUCCACCCAUCAACAGAGCAUGGCGAACCCGAAGAUCCUGCCGCCGAGGUGACUGACGAUGGGAAUAGCAGGGGAGGACGAGGCAAGCGGAAGAGAGCGGCGACGCAGUCGGGUCCCAAGGCCACGACCCCCCGGAAGAGGAAAGCCGUAAAAUCUGACGACGCUUCCGAGCCCGCGGUCAAAGACGCUGGGGAGCCCUCAGUGUCCGGCCCAAACUCGGACAACAAGCAAUACCCGGUCCACAAGAUCCUGGACUUCCGACGCGAGGGCGACGACGUCAAACUGCUGGUUCAAUGGGGAGGCAAAUGGCUACAUGACGAACCCACAUGGGAACCCGAGGAAGAGCUGUGGCACAGCUGCCGGAAGGUGGUCUCCAAGUUUUGGAGCCCGAGCGGGUGGAACAGGAGAAACCGCGUGCUGGGGUUGGACCCCGUCACAGGGCCGUUUAUCGUCAGCAGGAUCCUCGGCGAGAGGAAGAUGAACAAGGUCCGAGGUAGGGAACAGGGAGGCGUUGCAUAUUUGGUGGAAUUCGUGGGGUACGACAAGGCUGAGUGGACGCCGGAAAACUGCCUCCCCAGCGAUGCUAUCAAGGAAUGCAAGGCCGAGGGCAAGAGGGGAAAAAGGUAG